UGAGUUCUCUAACCCAAGAGGGUGUGAUAAAAGUCCUCAGGGCUGCAAGACAAUCUGCAGUUUUCAAGAGGGCUCUGCAGAAGCACGGAAACAGAUUUUUUGAAACGCUUGUCAAGCAAAGGGUUAUUAUUGGAAGGGAACUGUUUCUUGACUUUUUUUUUUAAAGAGAGAAACAUUUGUCUGUCAGAAAUUUGCAGAACUUGAAUAAAUCUUUCCUCACACAGGAAAGGGUUAUUUCUUAUUUCUGCUAAGUAUCUAUUCUGGUUUUUAGAAUGUGCCUGGGCUAAAGAAUAAAGCUUUCUUCAUCACCUGUUAAAAGUUGGCUAAUCGUUAUUGCAGACUUCUUUGACCCAGGACUGCCUUAUCUUAUGUUCCUGAAAACUCUGGCAUUCUGAAUCCAUGAAACUGGAGAGCUUCUUCAUGUAAUAAACAUUUCUGUUUCUAGGAGACCGCAUGAUGACCACUACUACAGAUAUUCCAGAUGAGGAAGUGGAAACCACAACGUUCGACUACGAGGAUGAGCACGCACCAUGUGCAAACAACUCUGCAGAACAAUUUGGUUCCCAAUUCUUGCCACCUUUUUACUCUUUGGUGUUCAUAUUUGGUCUGCUGGGCAAUGCACUAGUUGUGAUGGUCCUUGUGAGAUACAAAAAAAUCAAGAGCAUGACUGAUGUCUACUUGAUAAAUUUAGCAAUUUCAGAUUUGCUCUUCAUUUUCUCACUCCCAUUUUGGGCAUAUAAUGCAGCAGACCAGUGGGUAUUUGGCACAGGAAUGUGCAAGUUUCUCUCUGGAAUCUAUCUUGCAGGUUUCUAUAGUGGAAGCUUUUUUAUAAUCCUUUUAACCAUCGACAGGUACUUGGCCAUAGUCCAUGCAGUGUUUGCAUUAAAAGCCAGGACAGUUCCUUAUGGUAUCCUCACAAGUGCCAUCAUGUGGGUCGUGGCACUUUCUGCCUCUGUGCCAGAGCUGAUAUUUAACAUAUGUAAAAUGGAAGGCAGCCAGUUGAAAUGCACAUCUCAGUAUCCACUUAACACACAAUUGAACUGGAAACAGUUUACUACCUUGAAAACCAACCUCAUUGGCCUGGUCUUACCAAUAAUUGUUAUGACUUUCUGCUACACAAAAAUCAUAAUGAACCUGGUGAGAUGCAGGAAUGUGAAAAAGAACAAAGCCAUCAGGCUUAUUUUUAUCAUCAUGGUUGUUUAUUUCCUCUUCUGGGCUCCAUACAAUAUUGCUCUUCUGCUCCAUACAUUCUCAACUUCAUUUUCUCUUAACAAUUGUGACAGCAACAGUAAGUUGGUUAUAACAAUACAAUUUACCGAAGCAAUUGCAAUGUCCCAUUGUUGCAUCAACCCUGUGAUCUAUGCCUUCGCUGGUGAGAAGUUCAGAAAAUAUAUUUGCAGCUUUUACCGAAAGCAUAUUGCUCUCCGUCUCUCAAAAUAUAUCCCAGUGUUGUAUUCAGAGACUCCAGAACGUUCAAGUUCCACACGUACUCCAUCUACUGGAGAGCAUGAAAUCUCAGCUGUGUUGUAAAGGAUGUCCAUGAAGAAUAACUAUUGCUAACUUUGGCUGAAUCCACACUUACCGGCACAGUGCUAAGCAGGCAGAGUGAGAGCGUCUUUCUGGUGUGUUUUAUGACGUCAUCACACCACGAGAGCGGCAUCAUGACGCGAUGAUGUCAUAAAAUGUGCCGGAAAGACGCUCUCACUCUGCCUGUUUAGCGCUGUGCCGGUAAGUGUGGAUUCAGCCUUUGGUGGGACAAAUGUUAAAGACCUUUUUGCAUAUGGGGCUCUAGAGUCAAGUUAUUCAUCUCUUCCACUUCCAAUAAAACAUAUUUUCUGGCUGGGUUAAAGACUAGAUGUGGUCCAUUUUCCACAAAGGGCUUAUUUUGUUGGUCCUGGUCCUAAACAGCUUUGAUGCAUCUCCCUGAGUUCUUCACGCAUGGCCAAAAUAUCUCUGUUUGGUCUUCAAAUUGCUUCCCAAGGUUGCAUCUGCUGCAGAAAUAAUCUUUCCCUGCUUUCUUUGGUGGCUUUUCUCCCUGUGCACAUACCCCAGGGGUUUUUUUUAUAGCAAAGUUAAAAGGGUGUAAGCCCUGGCCCUGCUCUUCACUCUCCCCUUUAUCCACCUACAUCCUUAUUGGUGGAGCAGCAAUGUGUAAUAACACCAUCCCCCCCUUUCUUCCCCCGCCACUCUCAGCCCUCAUCCUUUAAAAAAAGUUGUCAUUCUUUUUUAUGUGUUUUGUGUGCAUGCUUACCCUGGCAGUAUGAAGUAUGCUGGGAGAAAAAAUUCUACAAUGGCUAACAGAAAAACUCUGAAGAGAGCCCUGAAUCCCAUUUAAUAUUUUAAAGGUUCCCUCCUGACCACCUCAGCCAAUCAACACACAGAAAUGUUGUUAUUGUUUGUUAGGUGUUGUGUGCGCACCCUAACCUCUGCAUUAUGAAGUAAAUCGUCUUCUCACCAACACAAACUAUUUAGGAUGACAUUUUGUGCCGGAGUCUCUGAGUUUCCUGUAUUUUUUAAUCCAGUUUUUUCCCAAUUUUUAUUUUUUUAAAAAAGUUGCAACAUUGCGACAUUGUUUAAUUUUUUUAAAAAUCCCACUUAAUAUUUUAAAGUUUCCCUCCAGAACGCCUCAGCCAAUCAGCACACGGACAAUUUGUUAAAUUUGGAGCUAAAAUAACAUCAUCCAAUCCCUGACAGACAAGUACAGUAUCAGGUAGAGGUUAACCACAAACUCCUCUAGCAUCUGAACAUUACAACAUUGUAACGGAUGCACAAAUGAACAACAACAACAACAAAAACCCCACACUGAUGAAAUUGCUGACUCUGUCUUCCCUAGAAAGUCCAUAAGAGAAAUGGGGGCAUUUUUCUAAGCGCAGAACUAAAAACCAGACACCACUUCAGUUCAACUCCCUCAAGUGCAGAAGCUCAAAGCAGGUUUGAUCCUCACGGGUUAAAUACUGAAAGUGGGCAUUCCUGAGAAGUCCAUGGUUUGGAUGGAUCUUUGUUUGGCUGUGUCAUUAAGUAAGUUCUACAUUCAGCGAAACUGGAGGACUCAAGCAAUCCAAGCUGUUAAUGAGGGAAGAAAGAUAAAGCCCCAUGGAAAUUCCUUCCAGUACUGUCUAUAACAAUCCAAUGCAUCUUUCUAAGGAUACUCUAUUGGAUGUCAACUAGAAGAGGAGAAUCCAAAAUGUAUUUUUUUGAUUCUAUAUAGUCCCUACUUGUUUUCUCUCAGAAUUUUUAUGCUGAUGUUUCAUUUGUGACUUUCUGGAUCAUAUGCUAGACACAACAAGCCACAGUGGAAGCAUCAACAAAACCACAAAAAAUACUUUAUAAAUGUAUCCAGUUCUUUCUUGAAACUUGUGAGAAUCUUUGCUUGUGAUUUUCUUUUGUCAGGAGAGGAUAUUUAGAAUGCUAUGUUGUUAUGUAUGGGUAACCUUUUAAUGGUUUCUGAGGAAACAGUAUGUUUUGUAUGCUACCUUGGGUUUCCCUGAGCAAAGAAAUAUUUGAAUAAAUGAAUAAAUAAAUAAAUAAAAAGUGCACAGACAACUUGAUUUAUAAGAAAGGAUCAUUUCGUUUGAGAGCACUUCUUUUA